AUGUCGACAUCCGUGAUUUAUGUCCCCGUGGGCCUUACAUCGUUACAACGAGAUCUGAUUGAGAUCUUAGUGUCUAUACAUGCGUUUUCACUAUUACGAUUAAUGAAGCCCGAUGAUCCAGCGUUGAAUGAGAUUUCUAAGAAACAAGAAGAAAGACAAGUUUUGAGAUUACCCCAAUUAUCCGAUGUGCAAAUGAUGUAUUUGCUUGCCGCUAAUAUUCGUGCUGUUGCCAACCAUCCUUCUCUGCUUGUUAGCCAUUACAUGCCCCGUCAGUUGCUGCUAAUGGAACCUGGUGAAAGGCUUAUAGCAGCAAGUCAUAAAUUUCAAGUACUAGCUUCAAUUGUCGAUAAGUUUAGCGGCCGUGAUCGCAAUAGAUUUACCGGUUCGAUGAAAUUGGCAUUAAUUGCACACAAUGUCAAGGAAUUGGAUCUUAUAGAAGGGUUUUUACUAGGCAAAUUAGUGAGAAUUAAAAGGUUAUCUGGCACCUCCCUUUUUGAUGAAAAACAUGUUUACGACAGUUCAGUGUCGUCUGAUGCUCCCUCAGUGAUGUCUUCGAGAGAACCCAGCGAAGAAAAUAACGGUUACGUAAAAUACGUUUCGCAAGAAUCCCAAUCUGACUUCAACGACUGGGUAUUUCUAGCCACGUCGACGCAUGUAGCACACGACCCAGACCUGUUUGAGCCGUACGAUAUCGAUAUGGUCAUAAGUUUUGAUGCGCUUCUGGACAGCCAAUUGCCUGUCUUUGCCCGCACGAGAAGGUCUGGAGGACCAAUUCCGAUCGUCAAACUUCUAGUUGAGGGCUCGCCGGAUCACUGUAUACUUGCCAGCGGCAAAGAGGACGACGAGAAUGUAAGCACGGAGAAAGCACUGAAUUAUUUUGUCAAGAAUAGAGCGUAUUCCACGUCUGGAGGUGGUGUUGCCGAUUUGUCUCUUUUGGUAAAUUCUUUUCUGGAGGACACACUAGAAAAAUCACCGCUGCCGGUGCUUCCAGAAUUACCAGAUACUGCGGAUCUCUAUCGUGCGCUUACGACUCAUUCGAGCUUGAAAAAACUCGAAAAGACGCAGUUUUCGCUACCGCCUCGUCCAGACCAAUUCGAUAUCAAAUCCUAUCAAGCUGCCAUCACAGACCUUGUCUUGCAACGCUUGAAUGCGUGUGAAAGUGAAUUUGAUGCACGCGAGGAGGACGUGCUGCAAAAAAGGUUGCGUGAAACCGAAAGACAGAAUGGGUUUGACGAAAUGCGGAUGGAAUCUGCUAAAAUUUACAAAAGUCUGAAAGAGGGCGAGGGUAGGCAAAACGACGUUAGUAAAAAGGCCGAGAAAGCCAAAUCCGAUUUUGAAAGACACGAUGCGCGCUACAAAACUCUUCUUGAAAGGGCCAAACAUUUGGAGAACUUAGUCAACCUUUUAGAUUGCAGUAACGAAUUGGAAACCGCUAGAGGGAGCCUACAAACUUUGAAAACCCAACUAAACACCCUGCUUGACGAGAACGACAAACUUUCGACUUGCAACGACAAUCUUCGUUUGAAAUACCAAUCGACUUCAACAGAGGCUGCGAAUGAAUCGCUUGGUUUAACCACGCUAGAAGAAACAAAGAAAGCGCUAGAGAAAAAAAAAUCUGGACCUCUCACGACAAUGCGUGUCAGCGAAGCCCACUUUCACGAGAAACAAGCCCAGAAAGAAUUAAAUCGGUGCCAAGAACAAUCAUUUUUCUAUCAAUCCUUAACAAAAAGAUUACAGACUCAUUAUGCGAUUACCAAGAGAGAUUCGCCAAGCAAAUCUUCAACCAAUUCUCGAACUAGAAGAGGAAGAUCAACAGCACCGGUCUACACAUGA